AUGGGUGCUCUUCUAUCUUUACCGCUUCUUGCGGUACCAAGCGUCGGUACUAUUGUGUCCUUCGCUGCUAGUUGCUGUGGUGCUGCGACCUGCUCUAUGGUCUGCAGUGCCUGUGGCAAAUGCGGCAAUAGUGUCGCAACCCGUAUCGCAUACGCCCUUCUCCUCCUCGUAAAUUCCAUUAUCGCCUGGAUAAUGCUCACGCCCUGGGCAAUAAAGAAACUCCAGAAACUUACUCUCGACUACGUUACGAUCAAUUGCCCAACUGGCGAAUGUCAUGGCUGGUUCGCUGUUCACCGAAUCAACUUCGCGCUCGGUCUCUUCCAUCUCAUCCUCGCUGGCUUGCUUUUCGGUGUCGCAACCUCAAAGAAUCCUCGUGCUUCCAUUCAAAAUGGCUACUGGGGCCCCAAGAUUAUCGCCUGGCUCGCCUUUGUUGUUCUUUCGUUCCUGAUUCCCGACGAAUUCUUCCUGUUCUGGGGCAACUACGUCGCAUUCGCUGCGGCUAUGCUGUUCCUCUUGCUCGGCCUUAUACUGCUUGUUGAUCUUGCUCAUAAUUGGGCUGAGUACUGCCUCGCCCAGAUCGAAGACACGGAUUCGAGAGUUUGGCGAUUCGUCUUGAUCGGUUCCACUCUGGGCAUGUACAUCGGCUCGCUUGCCAUGACCAUUGUGCAGUACAUUUUCUUUGCUCGCGGCUCGUGCUCGAUGAACCAGGCUGUAAUCACUAUCAACCUCAUCUUCUGGCUUGGGAUCUCUGUCAUCUCUGUCAACCCUACGGUCCAGGAAUUCAAUCCCAAGGCAGGACUUGCUCAGGCCGCUAUGGUGGCUGUCUACUGCACAUAUUUGACCAUGUCUGCCGUGUCUAUGGAGCCCGACAGCAAGUGUAACCCUCUCAUCAUGGGCCAAGGAACACGAACGACAUCCAUUGUUAUCGGUGCCAUCGUUACCCUGCUUACAAUUGCAUACACUACCACCCGAGCUGCCACUCAGAGUCUUGGCCUUGGCAAUUCCAACGGUAUCCAGCUACCAGAGGACGACGAGCACGGACUGGUAACUCAGCAGCCAAGUGCUCGUCGUGAGAUGCGAGCAGAGGCUUUGCGCCGAGCUGUUGAGGAGGGUAGUUUGCCCGCUGAUGCCCUGCUGACCGACGAUGAAAGUGAAGCUGGCGACGCCCCCGCUGGAGACGACGAGCGCAACAGGACCCAGUACAGCUACACUGUCUUCCAUAUCAUCUUCUUUUUGGCGACAGCCUGGGUAGCAACCUUGCUUACCAUGAACUUCGACGAAUCCACCAAGGAUGGCGACUUUGCAACUGUUGGACGUACCUACGCAGCAAGUUGGGUCAAGAUUGUCAGUGCCUGGGUCUGCUACGGCAUGUAUACAUGGACAUUGGUGGCACCCGUUGUCCUUCCCGACCGUUUUGACUUUUCUUAA